GUCCCGCUCGGCUGAGGGAGACAAGGAGGAGGCGGAGGGGGACCAGCGCGAGACAAUGGCGGCGGCCGCCUUCUCCCCUCAGCGCCUGAGGCGGGAAGCCCGCGCGAGUUUCUUCCGCUGGGCGACUUGGGCGGCGGCGGGCCUCCUCCUGCUGCUGCUGCUGCUCCGCCCGGAGGCGGCCUCGGCCUUACAGUGUUACUGCCUUCUCUGUCAACAAGAUAACUUUACUUGCACAACGGAUGGGCUCUGCUUUACUUCGGUAACACAAAACAGAGAGAAAACUAUAUCUAACUUCAUGUGCAUUGCAGAAGUUGACCUGAUUCCUAAGGAUAGGCCAUUUAUUUGUGCCCCCUCAACAAGUGAAGGAGUUAGAACUGCGGCUCAUUGCUGUAAUAAAGACUUCUGCAAUAAAAUAGAUCUUCCAAUUCCAACACCAGGUCCUAUACCAGGAAAGCUUUCUUCUAAUCUAGGACCAGUGGAACUGGCUGCUGUCAUUGCUGGCCCUGUUUGUUUUGUUUGCAUUUCUCUCAUGUUGGUUCUAUACAUCUGCCAUAAUCGCACAGUCAUCCACCAUCGUGUUCCAAAUGAAGAGGAUCCUUCAAUGGAUCGUCCUUUCAUAUCUGAAGGAACUACUCUAAAAGAUUUAAUUUAUGAUAUGACUACAUCAGGGUCAGGAUCAGGUUUGCCAUUACUUGUUCAAAGGACAAUUGCAAGAACAAUUGUAUUACAAGAAAGCAUUGGAAAAGGUCGGUUUGGAGAAGUAUGGCGAGGAAAAUGGAGAGGAGAAGAAGUUGCUGUGAAAAUUUUUUCUUCAAGAGAAGAACGUUCUUGGUUUCGUGAGGCAGAAAUCUAUCAAACUGUUAUGCUACGUCAUGAAAAUAUUCUUGGGUUUAUAGCUGCAGACAAUAAAGAUAAUGGUACAUGGACACAGCUCUGGCUGGUGUCAGAUUACCAUGAGCAUGGUUCUCUCUUUGAUUACUUAAACAGAUAUACAGUCACUGUGGAAGGAAUGAUAAAACUAUCUCUGUCUACUGCCAGUGGACUUGCACAUCUUCAUAUGGAGAUUGUUGGCACUCAGGGGAAACCCGCCAUAGCUCACAGAGAUUUGAAAUCAAAAAAUAUAUUGGUAAAGAAAAAUGGAACAUGCUGUAUUGCAGAUUUAGGCCUGGCAGUAAGACAUGAUUCUGCUACAGACACAAUAGAUAUUGCACCGAACCACAGAGUGGGAACAAAAAGGUACAUGGCUCCUGAGGUACUUGAUGAUUCCAUAAAUAUGAAACAUUUUGAGUCUUUCAAAAGAGCCGAUAUAUAUGCAAUGGGAUUAGUAUUUUGGGAGAUAGCUCGCCGAUGUUCCAUUGGUGGUAGGUACAAAAAUAAAUGCAACAAAAUUGAUGAUAGAACUCUGUUACUGUCAUCACAGAGCCUGAAUUUGUACCUUUGUUUUCAUAACUCAGGGAUUCAUGAAGAUUAUCAGUUGCCAUAUUAUGACUUAGUCCCUUCUGAUCCUUCAGUUGAAGAAAUGAGAAAAGUUGUUUGUGAACAGAAGCUACGACCUAAUAUUCCAAACAGAUGGCAGAGCUGUGAGGCCUUACGAGUAAUGGCUAAAAUUAUGAGAGAAUGUUGGUAUGCCAAUGGUGCAGCAAGAUUAACAGCCUUACGCAUAAAGAAGACAUUAUCCCAGCUCAGUCAACAAGAAGGCAUAAAAAUGUAGUCUUGGAAAUGAUUGUGAAGGAAACUUCUAGAGGUCCACAUCUGCACUUGAUUUGUGCAUAGAGAAGCUAAUGGUUCUACCUCACUGAGAGAACAGAAAGAUACUGCUGCCUUUUACACAAUAGGAAGAUCAGUGAAUAGCCCAGGAUUUCAGUAGUGACAUUAAACUGUUGUACAGAUUCAUAUUGUGCACUAUGAACACAUCUUUCCCAGGGCAUUAGUUUAGCUUCAGUAUAAUGUAACUGUUUUUCAAGCGGUAAUGCUGGUCUUUGUUGUAUUAAGAACAUAAAGCUUAUGCUUAAAACAGCAGAGGUGGUGCACGCUGCACACUACUCAUUGCAUUAAAGGAUGCCUUGAAGAUUUUAAAAGCUACUUGCUCUACACAUGACGGUACACUGUAUAUACUGAACCACAGCUUAUUCUUACUAGAGUGUAUGUUUUUGGCUGCCAAGACUAACAUGUUUGAACACUUUUUAUGAGGAUUUGCUGGCACGACUUCAUUCAGCUUGGAUGAAUAAUAUACACUACAUAUGCAAUUGUAUUUUGUAUUAUAUUACUCUCCUUUUGCUUUCACAGCAUUUCUUGCCUUCAAAACACAUUGUACUGUACCAGUUAGUGCCACUUCAGAAUCUUCACUAGGGACAGGCAAUGACUUUGGUGCUGAUGUUACAUAAUAUGAAAAGAGAUUUCAUACUCAUGUAUGAAAUUAUUUUCUUUUUACCAAAAACACUAGUUCUGUAGAAAGGGAAGUAGACGGAUACAUGCAGUAAACGUGUCAAAAAUGGCACUUAAUUGUAAUUUGUACAGAGUCUUUCAAGAUUCUUAUAAAUAACAUACGUUACUAAAAUGCUAAAAUUAUGUACACUACUAAAAUGCUAAAUUUUUGUUCUCUAAUGCUGUCUGUUGAGGCUGUAGGAUAUUUCUUCUUUAUUUGUUCAGAGAAAAUGGCUUUGAUAAAAUAUGAGUUAUACCUGCUUUUUAAAAGAAUAGUCCACAUGCAAAACUACUGUUGGCACAUAGCCUUGCUGGAUAUAUGCCACAGGUGAAAGAUGUAAGUAUAUCAUAAUGUUCCUGAUUUUGUGGAUUGGGUUUACUAACAUGUUUAAAGAGAAGUGGUUAGCUCUGGUCAUACCAGUGUGUAAAUAGGGGGAGAAAGAGGGACUGAAUACAGACUCCUGUCUCCAUUCCUUCAACAAGUAGUGUUCUUGGAAGGUUUUACACAGCUAUUUCCAAAGCCAGAAGCAUUUGUACAACUCUGCAGAGGUCCCCAAAUUGAACCUCAAUCUACUAAAUAGCAUCUGGAUAUUUUAAACCAGCUGUUUUACAGGUUUUCCUCUGGCAUAUCUGGCAUUUGCUGUUAGCUACAAAAUUUAGGUGUCAAAUAAUGGAUUUCAUUACAUGCUCCAAGUUUUUUAAAUUGUUUGCUAACAGCUAGAGAACUGGAAAAGUGCAGUGUUUACUUUGACAGUAUCUCUUCCAAAUUCUUUACAAUUCCAUUUGUAAAGCAAAAACAAACUGGUCUCAAAAUUGGGUUUGCCUUUUCAUGUGAAUCAAAAAUCAAAACUUUGGAGAUUUUCAAUCAUUAUUACAAGGAUGCAAAAUGAUAAUAAUGAAUGUUAACUCUGUUACAGCUGUUUGUCACUUUGGUUGUCUAUAUUUCCCGCAAGCUAAAUGUCUUUAGCAUAUCACAUGUCAAUGGCACGUCACUGAGUCUGUAAAAGGUGACCAGUAUUGCAAAAUAUGAGGUCGAUUUUUGAACCAUUCUUUAAAACAAAAGAAUAUGUACGUAAAAAUUGUACAGUUUUUAUAGCUUUGCCUGUGGUAUGAUUUGAAGUUUGUUCAUAUUUUUUCAUUCUUUAUUCCGUAAUAUCUGUAAAUGAAUGUGUAUGUAUAGAAUAUCUAUUUCUUUUCUAUUUUUAUGAAGUACAGUAUAGCUUAGAGAUGGGCAAAUACUUUCAUCUAGCUGACUCUUGAUUUCUUCAGGUUAUCCACACUCAAAUCAGGAAGACCUGGGAAAUACCUAGAAACAACCAGAAUAACUAAGGCCCUUCCACACAGCCAUAUAACCCAAAAUAUCAGGGCAGAAAAUCCCACAAUAUCUGCUUUGAAUUGGGUAUUCUGUCAUAUAAACAAGUUCAAAACAGAUAAUGUGGGAUUUUAUUCAGUUUUGUGUAAGGGGUCUCAGACAGUUUCUCUCUCCCUGUCUCACACCUCUGAAUAGCCCAUUUAUAUCUGCUGCCCUCAAUGCACCACCUCUCAUCUUCCUUUUUAUUUUCUUUCAGGAAGAACAUAGGGAACAUAGUAGCAGUACAGAAAAUGGGGCUAAUAAUAAUAAUAAUUAUUAUUAUUAUUAUUAUUAUUAUUUGUAUUCCACCCUAUCUCCCUGAGGAGACUCAGGGUGGAUUCCAACAUAACAAUGGCAAACAUUCAAUGCCUACAUAAAAUACAUGAUACUGAUAUAAAAUCCCAGAAAAACCCCAUAUAUAAAAGUAGCAUUAAAACUUAACAUCAAAUUAAAAACCUAGCACCAGUAAAUUAAACUUGACAUCAAUAAAUUAAACUACAUAUAGUCAAACAAAUUUCUAUAAUACGAGGGUUGAAUGAAAAGUCAUGCCUCCACCCUUGUAACUCCUCAACAGAUGGCAGUAGUGGUGUGCAACAGGUACUGGCUUGUUCAGUAGACUCCUCUACAGUUCCAUUUUGGCAGGAAGCCUUAGCAUUGAACGGUUGUAUUGUGCAAAGUAUGGAACCCUGUGAAGAUGGUCGAUCAAUGUGACUUAAGCAAUGUGCAGUUAUUGAAUUCUUGACAGCAGUAGGUGUCACCCCAAAGGCGAUUAAUCAGAGAAUGCAAGCUGUUUAGGGUGAUUGUGUUGAUAUGAGUAUUGUGCAUUGUUGGGUGAGUAAGUUUGAAGGUGUUGAGGUGGGAACAUUAGACUUGCUUGAAAAACAAAGAGUUGGACGUCCUGUGACAGCAACCAUUGAGUUUCACAAGCAAAAGGUUAACAGUGAUUCAGGAUGAUCAUCCUAUCAGAGAGAAAUUUCAAGCAUAAUCGACAUUUCACAAGAAUGUGUGGAUCACAUUGCUUUGCUUGGCUAUUGGAAGAUAUGUGCACAAUGGGUACCCAGGAUGCCGAUGCCUGAAAUGAAAGCUCACAGACUUGAAACUUUAGAGACUGGAUCUCACCACCGUCUGACAUCCUCCAGUCCAGAUUUAGCACCGUCUGACUUCCAUCUGUUCCCGAUAAUGAAAGAAGAGCUGCGGGGAUAUCAUUAUGCUUCUGAUGAAGACGUUGAGAGAACUGUGAGACACUGGUUGCGGAAACAGAGUGUCGACUUCUUCCGUGAUGGCGUCAUAAAACUUGUUCAUCGUUGACAGAAAUGUAUCCAAUUGUCUGGUGAUUAUGUGGAAAAGUGAAUAGUGGUAGUUAAAGAGCACAUUCUUAGGAUUAUUUCUGCAUUUGCUUUAUUAAAAUAUUCCCAUCCAAACCCAA